CACCUGCACACAUCUACUUCCUCACCUUUCUCCCAACGUAAACCCCAAACAACAAUUCACCAUGGCUACUGAACUCACCACUAAAACAACAUGCAACAAGUCAUUUUGCAAAGACUAUCUGCUAUUAAGUCCAAAAGACGUCGGAUUUUUGGAUCUGGUGAUGCUUUUGUUCUCCGAACAUAUUGGUAACAGAAAAUUCAUAGACUGUCCAGAUGGAACUGUUGAAGAAGGCUUUGGACAUCGGUUCGUCAUCUUCAUAUCCAUUCUAGCCCAAAAGGUUCUUCAUUUAGUUGAUAAACCCUUAGGUUGGCUAGGCUCGGCCAUUGAGUUUCUUCCCAACUUUUCCGAUGCCAAUGGAGGAUUUCUCAUGCUACUUUUGAAUGUCGUAUCAGGAAAACUGGUGCUGCCUAAUAAGGAGUCCCCAGAGUUCUUGACGGCGAUCGGGCUAUGGGACAUACGAAGGGAUUUAGACAGCAGAAUUAAGCACGAAGAUCCCAGAUACACAAGCGCACUCGCCAUUAUGGCUGCUAAAUCUGCCUAUGAAAACCAAGCUUACAUCAAAGAGACAGUCGAGAAGCAUUGGAAGAUGGAGUUUUUGGAGUACUUUGAUUGCUGGAAUGAUUAUGAGGAGGAUUACACGACACAAGGGUUCAUGUGGAGUGAUAAGACAGGUGAAUCUGAGCUCAUAGGUAUUUCAUUCAGAGGCACAUCACCUUUCAAUGCCAAAGAUUGGUCAUCCGACGUUGAUCUUUCAUGGUACCAUCUCCCCGGUAUUGGCAAGGUCCAUGCAGGUUUCUUGAAAGCAUUAGGGCUACAAAAGGAGCUUAGGGUGGUCGAAAGACAUUCAAAUAGACAACCAAAAACCCUACGCUUACUACGUGAUCAGAAAAAAACUUAA